GUUGUGCGGAUCAGCUGUUUAAGGACCUUUAAGAACGAUUAUCAACUCUGGCUGUCAGUGUUGCAAUUUGGGUAGUAGAUUUUUCCACUCGCGGAUUUUAAGGUGCACAGCAACGUUUUGGCUCUAAGUCCAUACGUUUCGCGACAAAAUGUGUUUGGAUUAGCAUGCUGAGUCGUUUCAAGCCAUCUGUUACACUCGGUGAAAAUUAGCGGAGGCGAAAGCGAGGCAAGCGAGCAACAAACUAAGCUAUAUAAAACAACAACAUCAGCUAAUAGAAAAAAGCGAAAAACAAAAAGCGAAACAUGAAUUCAAAAGCUGACGUCAACCGCCGUGUUCUAGCUAUUCAAGCAAAGAAGAAGCGUCAUAAGAACAACAAGAAACGCGGCAAGCAAAAUGGAGCUGCUGCUCCCGUUGCCGACAACCAGCAACAACAACAACAGCAGCAGCAGCCACAACAACAACAAAACAGGAGUGGUGACAAUUGUACGGCGGCAGCACCAGAAAAUGCUAAUAAUAGCCAUAUAGAGGGCAUCACCAGCAAGCUUCAGUUGCAUGCCAACAUCGCUGGUGGCGCUGGCGAAGCAGGCAACUCGAAGGCAGCCGGAUCCUUGAGUAAUGCAACUGCAUCGACAUCAAGCGGCGGCUCCGACAACACAUCAGAUGCCCAAUCGCAAUCAAAGAUGAAAAACAACAUCUACAAUCAGCAGCCGCCGCGCAGUUCGUCCAACGAAUCGGAUGAGUCGGAAAUGAACAGCGAGAAUGAGGAGCAGGAACUGAAGGAGGAUUAUUGCAAGGGUGGCUAUCAUCCGGUCAAUAUUGGUGACUUGUUUCAGGGUCGUUAUCAUGUAAUCCGCAAACUUGGCUGGGGACACUUUUCGACUGUGUGGCUCUGCUGGGAUCUGCUGGAGAAGAGAUAUGUGGCCAUCAAGAUUGUGAAAUCUGCGCAGCACUUUGCAGAAACUGCAAAGGAUGAGAUAAAGAUACUGCGAACGGUGCGCGAAACGGAUCCAUGGAAUCCACGUCGCCAGAAGACCGUGCAAAUGUAUGAUGACUUCAAAAUCACUGGCGUCAAUGGCAUACACAUUUGCAUGGUCUUCGAGGUGCUGGGCGAUAAUCUAUUGAAGCUCAUCCGCAAGUCCAAUUAUCGUGGCAUUCCCCUGGAGAAUGUCAAGAGCAUUACACGCCAGAUCCUCGAGGGUCUCGAUUAUCUCCAUAGCUGCUGUAAAAUCAUCCACACCGACAUCAAGCCAGAGAACGUGUUGCUCUGUGUGGAUGAGCCGCAUGUUCGCUCCCUGGCCGUUGAGGCCACCCAAUUGUACUGCAUGAACUCAAAGAUGUAUCCGUCGUUGGUCAGUCGUGCGCCCAAAAAGUAUCGUGAACCGAUCAUCACUGGCAAGAUGAGCCGGAACAAGAAGAAGAAGUUGAAGCGGAAGGCCAAGAAACGCAUGGAACUGUUUAAGAAGCAGCACGAUUAUUUGGAGCAGACUGGCGGAGAGGAACAGCCACAAGAGGAGGCCAACGAGGAGCAGGCCGAGGAGAUGCCGCAGCAGCCUAAAGAGGAGCCUCGAGAAGUUGUGAAUGAGGUGAAUGAUGCUGAGCCACCUCAGGCAACUCCAACUGUUGUGGAGGGCACUGAGAAGGCCAAAAAGAAGAAGAAAAAGAAGAACAAGAAUAAGUCCAAUCAGCAGCAAUCUCAGUCUCAGCAAGAAGAUCAGCAGCCAACGCAGCAGGAGAAUUCAAGCAGCGGCGAUAGUAGCAGCGCAGCAUUAAAGAGUAGCUCCAACACGAACACAAACACAAGCACCAACGGCACGAGCAACUCGACGAGCACGAUCAAGGGACAAUCAAAUGGUUCUGCCGGCGGCAAGAAGCCACCACGACCUAAGCAGCAGCAGGAUAAGCAACAGCAGCAGCAACAGGAUAAGCAGCAACUGAACAAUAACAACUCCAAUUCGAAACAAAACUCGAAUAGCAAAUCGAAAAUCUCAAGCAUCUCCGCGGAACGUUCGUCGUCGGGCAAUUCAACCAACGGUGGUCCGUAUUCGGAGCCAAUACUGCCGCCUCCACCACCGCCGCCAGUGGCCAAGCAUCGACCCAACAAGCGUGACCCCGCGUUGGAGGAAUGCAAUGUACAAGUGAAGAUUGCCGAUCUUGGCAACGCCUGUUGGGUGGAUCGUCACUUCACCGAGGACAUUCAAACGCGUCAAUAUCGCUCACUCGAGGUGAUACUUGGUGCCGGCUACGACACGUCGGCGGACAUCUGGAGCACUGCUUGCAUGGUCUUCGAGCUGGCCACUGGCGACUAUCUAUUCGAGCCACAUUCGGGCGAUACGUAUACGCGAGAUGAGGAUCAUAUAGCUCAUAUUAUCGAGCUGCUGGGUCCGAUACCACGACAGAUUGUGUUCCGUGGCCCGUGGGCCCAGCGAACGUUCUAUGUGAAUGGAGAGCUGCGCAACAUUACCGGUCUGAAGCCUUGGGGCUUGAUGGAUGUGCUGAUCGAGAAGUACGAAUGGUCGAAACGCGAUGCGGAAGCGUUUGCGGCAUUCUUGAAGCCAAUGCUGGAGUUUGAUCCGGCCAAGCGAGCCACCGCUGCGGAAUGUCUGCAGCAUCCGUGGCUUAGAUAAGAUACGAUGCAACCUGGUUGUAGGCUGCGAGGCAGCCAGCCAGCAGGAGCAGCAGCAGUUGCAGUAGGAGUAGGAUUAGCAGAACAUGAACUAACAGGAGCAGGAACUGGAGCAUUCGAAACAGGAGCAGCAUCAUCAGAUUAUAUACAGUCAACGGCAUCUGUGGCCACAUUGGCCUCCAUCUCAUCCAUUGCCUCAACAUCGGCAUCAGCAAUGGCAGCGCUGCGCGCACGUCCCCAUCCCCAUGGCCAUUUGUUGGCACCACACGUGGCCACUGCCUCUGCACCGCCCACGCCACAGUCGCAUGCUGUGGCCCACACCAUGUCCAUGUCCAUGUCCAGUGCACAGACAGCACCCGCAACGCCAACGCGACGCCAAGACGACGAUCCAAAUGAACCGCUGCACGUUGAGGGGAAAUUCUAUGAUGACACACAGGAAUUUGGACUUGCAGUUGCACUCGAUGAGCCGCAGUACUGCAAGCCCAAAUCGCAACGAUUCUAUUGGCGCAAGGCGUUGCGUCGCGUCUUCCAGCGUCGGAAGUGACGUCAACUACGCCGUCGACGGCAAGAUUUGCCCCGUUGGCGUCCCCGUCGCUGCCGGCGUCGCACACUCGCUGAACGUUUGCGUCGCAUCUGCGCCUGCUGUGCCUACGGCCAAGUGCUGUGGCGUACGGCACGCGUUGCGCUGCUCAGCUGCAUCCGUUGGCGUACACGUGGCAACAUACGCAACAACAAUUUUCACUUUAGCAAUCAUUGAGCUAAAGCCAAAACAGCAAUCACACAAUAAAUACUGCAAAUUGCUCUGCUCUGCCUAGGAACACAUACACAAUACACCCCAUUACACAUGCAUCUGAAAUGUUAAUCUGAGAAUGUUUUUUUUAUUGGCUAAAUCUGAUUUAGUUGUUAAAUUCGAGUUAAUUUAUUUCCUGUGUUUUACACCGAUUAGACAAUUCUCUUAAAUACAAUUUUGGAAUUAUAAGCAUAAACCUGUCAUAACUAACUUAUGCUCUACACCUACACCUACAUUAUGAUUAUUAUUAUUAUAUUACUAUUACUAUUGUAUUUCAUUUUGGUUGCUGUCUCCCAAAAAAAAAAAAAAACAAACAACACCUUCACACAAUCCCCAGUUUUGACUCUGUAAAUAGGGCAAAAGUAUUGCACGCGCAAGCUACAUAAAUUAGAUUUGUUUAAACGAUCUCCAAGCACACAGAUACACAUGCGUUCAAGCAAAAAUUAUGUUUAUGUUAACAGCCGGUCAAUCAAUCAGAUUAUCAAUCAAUAAUUAUAAAGUGAAAAUCAUUAAUCGAACAGCCGCCUGUUCAUAAAACAAUUUGUUAUUGUACAUUUGUUGCCCAGAGCAUUAAAGAGAGAGAGAUCUACAUACAGAAUGCAUAAACAUGAUGAACAUAAACAUUACUUAGCAUCUUAGCGUAUAUAGUUAAAAAAUAUCGUAUGAUAUACAAAUGAAUACAUAUAUAUAUAUACGUACGUACAUAUAUAUAUAUACGUACGUACGUACGUACGUACAUAUGUUAUAUAUGUAUAUGGUACUGUGGCUGAGACUGCAUGUGACCCAAAUGGUUUUUAAGCAUACGAACAUAGUAUAUGAAUACAACAAUAUUUGUGUAAUUUGUAUUCUUGAGCUGAACAUAACAAUAAUGAGAGUAGUUAAAAUUAGUUUAUUCCCUUCGGUUUAACAGCAAUGAAACAAUUAUCUUUGGAGCAAAUGAAAACAGCUAAAUGAAAAUGAACUAAAACUAAAAUCAAGAAAACAUCUAUGAAAUAUUGUCACUUAUAAACUAUAUUGAAAACAAAAACAAAAGAAAACAAUGCAGUGAAAGCAAACGAUAAAUGCUAUACAUAAAAAUAACAAUUGUGGUAGAAAUAUUUGUAUUUAAUUAGUAGCAAAAGCAAAACAAACACCAAGAAACCCAAGACACACCAUACACACACCGUACACAGAACACAAUCUAAUCCGUUAAAUGGCACCCAAUCCAGAUGAAAAAGGCCACUUUAGUUAAGGCUAAGUUAAGCGGCAAGUUAACAGUUAUUGUGGAUGGCAUUCUGAACAAUGCAGAAACAAAAGAAGAAUAUAAAAGAUAAACAUAUUAUAAUACAUAUACUAUACGCUAUGCUAUGCUAUGCUUACAUGCGUCGUUGUUGUAUGUGUUGUAUGUGUGCAUUAUUGAACAUUUACUAUGAUAAGUGGCCUUAUUAAUACGAUUCUCUGCACCUUCCACACACUCCACACACACACACACACACUCUUACACAUACCAAAUACAAUGGCAAUUUAAAGUUUAAAUCACACAAAAAAAAAAACACACCCACACACGCAUAUAUAAGAGAUAAUAAUAUACUUAACGGCAAA